CUAACUAUAGAAAGUGAUAGAGUUAGAUAUAAUGUUAUUCUUAAAUCUAAAUUAGGUUGUGAUAAACAUUUUGAAUGGUUAAAGAAUAACCACAGUAGAACUGUUGGAAAGUCAACACUAAACAUUUUAUCGAUUAAAAAUAAAAAUUUUGUGAAGGAUUUUUCUGUUGAUGGUUUUUACGGAUACACUGCCUUGUUUACUCAAGAAUUUGCUAGUAAAGAAUUAACGCAGAGAGAUGAAGUCGCUGUUGUGGAACAAGAUUUUAUUAUGAAAACUAAUUAUGUGGUUCCACGUGAUGUCCAGAACGCCAUAAUCCCAAAUCGAAAUUUGGAUCGUAUGGAUCAAAAAGAUUCGGUUUUAGAUGGAGAAUAUGAAUUUCCUGAUACAGCAGAUGAUUUAAUAAUGUUUCUGAAUUAUAGUGGUAUAUUUAAGGAGCACUCAGAAUUUGGAGGACGUGCUAAAUCUGGUGGCUUUUUUUGCGAUAAUUGUACUAGUGAUGAUGACGAAAAUGGACAUGGAACUAAUGUUGCUGGAAUUGUGGCCGGUAAAAAUUUUGGUGUCGCAAAGAAAUCUACGCUAAUUUCCAUAAGAGUUCUCGAUCAAAACGGUAAUGGUAACGUUUCGGUUGUUUCAGCAGGUGUUCUUUCUGAAUUUGAUAUUAGUGCAUUGGCGGGAACUUCUCAAGCAGCACCAUUUGUUACUGGUACAAUUGCACUUAUUAUUGCUAAAGAUGGUAAUACAAGUCCAAAAAAAAUGGCUACUGUAUUGAAGGAUUUGUCAAUUAAAAAUGCAGUAGAUUUUGGUGGUAACAAAACUGUUGAAAAAGGUACUCCAAAUAAUUUGGUGCGCGUACCUGCACCAUAA